CAUUUUUUUUCCAGAUAACGAAGAUGUUUGUGUUGCUUUACAUUACAAGUUUUGCCAUUUAUACAAGUGAACAACCUCUUCAAGGCCAGUUCAAAGGAGAAAAUUACUACACGAGAUACAUUUGUAGCAUACCUGGUUUGCCAGGCCCUGCAGGUCCUCCUGGAGCUAAUGGAUCCCCAGGGCCACAUGGACGUAUUGGUCUUCCAGGAAGAGAUGGUAGAGAUGGCAGGAAGGGAGAAAAAGGUGAAAAAGGGACUGCAGGUUUAAGAGGAAAGACUGGGCCUUUAGGACCAGCUGGAGAGAAAGGAGACCAAGGUCAGUCUGGUAAAAAAGGACCUGGAGGAUUGACUGGUGCCAAAGGUGAAGUAGGUCCAGCUGGACCACCUGGACCUAAGGGAGAUAAAGGCGACCGAGGAGAGCCAGGUGCACCAGGGGUCUGUAAGUGCGGAAAGAUAGUUCUGAAAUCCGCCUUUUCUGUUGGCAUCACCACCAGCUACCCAGAGGAAAGAUUACCGAUUGUGUUCAAUAAAGUCCUCUUCAAUGAGGGUGAGCAUUACAACCCUUCCACAGGGAAGUUUAUAUGUGCCAUCCCAGGGAUUUAUUAUUUUUCUUAUGAUAUCACCUUAGCAAAUAAGCAUCUUGCAAUUGGGCUGGUUCACAAUGGGAAGUACCGGAUAAAGACAUUUGAUGCAAACACAGGAAACCAUGAUGUAGCUUCAGGAUCCACAGUGAUCUACCUUCAGCCAGAAGAUGAAGUAUGGCUCGAAAUCUUCUAUACUGACCAAAAUGGUCUCUUUGCAGAUCCCACAUGGGCAGACAGUUUGUUUUCUGGAUUUCUCUUAUACGUUGAUACAGAUUAUCUUGAUGCUUUGUCAGAUGAAGACGAGCUCUGAAGCGGAUGAUGUCAAAUCACACCCCAACUGGACAGCUCGACACAGGAUUUUAUCCGGCCAAGCAUUGAAGACCAAAUUAAAGAAAAAUAAUACGGGAGUUAAUUUUUGCUUUGACAAGAACCAAGUUCAGAGGUUCAGAAGAAUGUUUCUAGAAUCCACACUGGGUUCUUUACCAAACAGCAGGGAUAACACAAGGAAUUAUAAUUA